AUGUCAUCUUCGCUGAUCCGAAAUGUGCUGAGUGCGCGACGUUCACUUGAACGCCGUCUACGAGCUCUUUGUCCCCCGGCCCAAGGCAAGGCAUGGGAAACACUGCAGAAAAAUGGACUCUUGGGAUUCAUUUGCUUCGGAGGCCCGCCCGUCCACUUUCAGAUUCUUCACCAACGCUUCGUCGAGAAGUACCAAUGGCUAGAGGAGCCGAUGUUCCAGGAGCUCUUCGCCGUGACGCAGGCUCUGUCCGGCCCAGCGAGCACCAAGAUGCUGUACUGCAUCAACCUGAACCGGAAUGGCUUCCUGUCCGCGCUGCUGGCGUUCCUGCUGUGGUCACUCCCCGGCGCGGUCGGAAUGUACGCCCUCUCACUCGGCAUCUCCAACGUGGGCGACACCCUCCCUGCCCCGGCGUAUGCCCUGCUCUCCGGCCUCAACGCCGCGACGGUCGGCGUGAUUGCGCUUGCGGCCGUGCAGCUGUCGCAGAAGGCCAUCACCGACCAGGUGACGCGGGUGCUGGUGUUUCUGGGCGCCACUGCCGGCAUGCUUUACAAUGCGCUGUGGUAUUUUCCGGUCCUGAUCUUCUUGGCCGGACCGGUGACCAUCGUCUGGGAUUUUCGAUGGUUUCACAAUCUACCCAGGUGGACCUGGGCACGGGUCGGUGGCCGAAGACAACCCACGGCCCAAGGCCGGGACAUUGAGAUGAGAAGCACCGACCGCCCAGACAUGGCUACAGGCCUGGAAUACAAUGACGCCGACACUGACCCCCACGCCCUGCCCUCUCCGCAGCCUCGAGUAUCUACAGCGCCAGAGCAUCGUGCAGAGGACUCCCAACGCGGCGGCCCGACCACCGGCCGGGGGCCAAGUGGAAUGGCAGCCGGGACUUCAGAGGCAAGAGUCAUCCCCGCAGACAGAGAACUCAGGGUAUCCUGGAGAUUCGGGUCGCUUUUGAUCGCAGGCUUCCUCGUCACCUUCGUCACCAUGAUGGUCCUGCGCGGAGUGAUCAAAGAGACACCCUUGCUGUUCAGCCUCUUUUCGAACCUCUACCUCGCUGGGACGAUAAUUUUCGGCGGCGGGCCCGUGGUGAUCCCCCUCCUUCGCCAAUACAUCGUCGCCGAGGGAUGGGUUUCGCCGCGGGACUUCCUCCUCGGCCUCGCCCUCAUCCAGUCCUUCCCCGGGCCGAACUUCAACUUCGCCGUCUACCUAGGCUCCCUGACGGCGCUCAACGCGUCGUACCCCAGCGCGGCCGGUGCCGUCGUCGCCUUUGUCGCCAUCUUCGCGCCGGGCCUCGUCCUCGUGCACGGCACCAUGGGGAUCUGGACGGCGCUGCGCACCCGGCGGUGGGUCCGCGCCGGGCUGCGCGGCAUCAACGCCGCGGCCGUGGGGUUGAUCUACACGGCCAUCUACCGGCUGUGGGAGAUCGGGUACAUCGACGAGAGGUUCACGAGCGGGUCGAGCCUGGGCCGGGAUCCGUGGUGGGUCGUCGUCACGGCGACGAGUUACGUCGGCGUGUCCUGGUACAAGGUCCCCGUGCCGGGGGCUAUCUUGCUGGGCGGUGCCAUGGGGUUGAUUUGGUACGGUGUCGUGUCGAGGUAG